CUUAGCUGCACUACAGAAAAAAAAAAAGAAAAAAACCCUUUGAAAACCUUUUUUAGACUUCAGCUUUCUAUUCGGUUAUAUUACUAAUACUAAAAGCCAAGCCAACUUUACGUUGUUCUUUCGAUAUUAUAAGCCUUUUGUUUUUUCAUUCAUAAAAUUUCAUCAGUUUCGCUGAUAUCAUCGGGUUUUUUUCUUCUUCUUUUUAUCAGAGCUUGAAUCUGGGUUUUUGGGGUUCUUUUUAUUUGUAGCUUGAAUCUGGGUUUUUGGGGUACUUUCAUUUGCAGGAGUUGUACGGAAUGUGAAGGUGGUUUUUGAGUUGGGUGUUGAAAGGGGAGAAAAGAACGAAGAGAAAAAGAGAGUGGAGGGUAAGUGAUCUCGUGAGGCCCGUGAGAAAAUGCCUCAUCGAACGACUUACUUCUUCCCUAGGCAAUUUCCCGAUCGUGGGGUCGAAACAUCUACGAAACAACUAUUGGAUCACGAGAAAAAGGUCGAUAAAGAAACAUCAGCCGUAGCUGCUACAACAGCGGCUAGUGAAAAUGACCGGAGCAAGUCGAUCUCAAGGGCGGCUGCUCAGAAAGAGUUUGCGGUGGAAGCUGUUAAGCCUGAUUACUCGCCGUUGUCGGAUCUUUUCACCGACGAGAAGCUUCAAGCUAAGAAACAACAGCUCGCUGCUUUCCGCGAUUUGUUAUUCAAGAAAAAAACUACUACUGACAGAUCACGUUACGUGAAACCGUCGAUUACUGAUCAUCAUCAUGAAGAUCGCGAGUUGUUGUUACCUCCAGAGCCAGCUCCGACGCCUCCUCCUCCUGUGCCGGAAACCGCCGUCGUUGUUAAUGACCUUAGUGUUGACCGAAACUUUGACCGCCAGGUAUCACUGCCGAGGUUCUCGAGUGGUAGCAGUUAUGAAGGGAGCUUGUUUUCUGGGACGACAUUGGAUUGUAACUUGUCAAGUGAGGUUAAAGAUACAUGGACUAAGGACUCAUCUCCAGCGGCUGUGCCGGCGACAGGGGAAGUACAGGAACCGGGGUCGGAGGAGAAAAAAGAUAGCUUAGCUCUCAAGUCAAAGGAGAGUUAUUAUUUGCAGAUUAUGCUAGCUAGAAGGCUUACUUCUCACGCAAGUCUCCUCAGUGAACCCUUGCUUUUACAAGAGUUUUGCGGACCUGGUGCCACCGAUGCAGAAACUGUCUCUUAUCGUCUAUGGGUUAGUGGGUGUUUAUCCUAUAGUGAUAAGAUUUCAGAUGGUUUUUAUAGUAUUCUUGGGAUGAAUCCAUAUCUAUGGGUGAUGUGUAAUGAGUUUGAAGAAGGAAGACGCUUACCACCUUUAAUGUCCCUUAAAGAAAUUGAACCCAACGAGACAUCUAUGGAGGUUGUUCUUGUUGAUAAACGCGGGGAUAACCGUCUCAAAGAACUCGAAGAUAAAGCACAAGAGUUAUAUUGUGCUUCAGAAAAUACCUUAGUGUUGGUUGAGAAGCUUGGAAAACUUGUUGCUAUAUACAUGGGGGGAACUUUUCCGGUGGAGCAAGGGGAUCUUCACAAACGCUGGAAAUUGGUCAGUGCGAGAUUGCAGGAUUUUCAUAAGUGUAUUGUACUUCCCAUUGGCAGCCUAUCCAUUGGACUUUGCAGGCAUCGUGCAAUCCUCUUUAAGAAAUUGGCAGAUUAUAUAGGCUUGCCGUGUAGGAUUGCUAAAGGAUGCAAAUAUUGUGCAGCAGAUCAUCGUUCUUCUUGCCUUGUUAAAAUUGAAGAUGACCGACAGUCAUCAAGGGAAUAUGUAGUUGAUCUUGUUGGGGAGCCAGGAAAUGUGCAUGGUCCAGAUUCAUCUAUCAAUGGAGGAUUCCUUUCUGCCAUGCCUUCACCAUUUCAAAUUUCUCAUCUUAAAGAAUUCCAGCAACCUUCCAUGGAUAAUUCAUCUUACUGUCAGAUAAUAGACUCAAAGAGUUCUAGUUCUCAUUAUGGGAAUCCUCUACAUUCUGGUGGCGUUGAGAAAUCUCAGCAGUUGAAGGACAAUGGUUUGCUUGGAAACCAAAAGCCAUCAAUACAUGCAGCAACUGACCGAGAUUCUUUUGGAAAGGGGAUGCCUUUGGAAACAGCAGCUGGAUCAACAAUGAAUUCUAGACAUUGCAGAGAUAAAGUUGCCAAAGAACAAACACUUAAAGAAGAAAUUGGUUUAUCUGGAAGUCCAGUGGUAAAAAGUGAAAAGCAGUUGAAAGUUAACUUACCUAGUCAGUCAGAUCUAGAGGAGAUAGGAGCUGAACUUGAUAAUCAAGGCAGGUUCUCCACUGUUUCCAUCCCGAGAUAUCUACAUCUUGAACCUUCUCUUGCAAUGGACUGGCUUGAGAUAUCAUGGGAUGAAUUGCGUAUUAAGGAGCGUGUUGGUGCUGGCUCAUUUGGAACAGUUCAUCGUGCUGAGUGGCAUGGAUCGGAUGUUGCUGUCAAAGUCUUGACUGUCCAAGAUUUUCAUGAUGAUCAGUUGAAAGAGUUUCUGAGAGAGGUUGCUAUAAUGAAACGUGUUCGACAUCCAAAUGUGGUCCUUUUUAUGGGUGCUGUUACAAAAAGACCUCAUCUGUCAAUUGUGACAGAGUAUCUUCCGAGGGGUAGUUUAUACCGCCUCAUUCAUAGGCCUAGUGCUGGAGAAACACUUGAUCAGAGGCGGCGAUUGCGUAUGGCAUUGGAUGUGGCCAAGGGGAUCAACUAUCUUCAUUGCCUUACUCCUCCCAUAGUUCACUGGGAUCUCAAGUCACCCAACCUGUUGGUUGAUAAGAACUGGACAGUUAAGGUGUGUGAUUUUGGAUUGUCUAGAUUCAAAGGGGGCACUUUUAUAUCAUCAAAAUCUGUGGCGGGAACACCUGAGUGGAUGGCUCCAGAAUUCCUUCGCGGAGAGCCUUCAAAUGAAAAAUCUGAUGUUUACAGUUUCGGAGUAAUCCUAUGGGAACUUAUUACCAUGCAACAACCAUGGAAUGGACUCAGUCCUGCCCAGGUGGUUGGUGCUGUAGCUUUCCAGAAUAGGAAGCUUGCCAUUCCUCCUAACACCUCCCCCAAGUUGGUUUCCCUCAUGGAAUCUUGUUGGGCCGAUGAUCCCGCUCAACGGCCGUCUUUUGGUAAUAUAGUAAUAACACUAAAGAAGUUGCUAAAAUCUCCAUUGUAGCGAUGCGGAAAGGAAAACAGUAACAAUGGGUGUCGUUAGAAUAACCUGAAAGCAGCUGAUUUUGGAGAUUCCACUAACCUUUGUUUUUGGUUCCAGGCAACUGUAGAUGUUUUAUCUAACCCAUUUGGAAGGCAGUUCCCAUUAGAAUUUGAGGCCUAUAACGAUAAUUAAUAAUAAGGGGAAAAAAUAUAGCAAAGCUGUAAUGAGUUGCUGUGUUCAUUAUAUGUAGGUUUUGCAUGGGGGGUUGCCUUUUCUUACAUAAAGCAAUUUGCCAGUGUAUGUAAACUCCGAAAUGUUUAUGAAUUCGGAUUGGUUAUGAUAUGUUGGUAAUUCCCGUUUUGUGUUUUUGGUGUUCUUAUUCAUGCCAAUGAUGGAACAAAAAACUUGGGAGAUGAUUCAGCAAGAAAAAAAGUUUGCUUUA